UUCCGUUGGUUUCGUUUUUCUUCUGUUAGGUUUCGUUUUCCUGCGCGUGACGCGUUUCACUCUCCCUCUGCUUGUGAAGCGCGCGCCUCCCGCGCGUGCACGAGCAGAUAGCGCGCGGGACUGCGGGCAGCGCGAGCUCCUCUGCACGCUCUGAUCUGAACAGGUUUGUUGAAUUGUAAGGUCUCAGGAACUGGAGCCAUGGAGGCCAAUGAUCUGAGGAGCUACAUCAGCAGCCACAAGAACAUCUUUGUCUUGAGGAACAAACAGUUCCGAGACAGCAAGCUUGUAAUCGAUGGAUGCAACUUGUACCACACUCUGUAUUUUACAUCGGGCUUGGAUCAGGCACAGGGUGGGGAAUAUGGCGAUUUUGAAACAGUGGUUUGCAAUUUCUUCAAGAACCUCAAAGAAUGCAGCAUCAAACCGUACGUUGUGUUGGACGGAGGGGACGACGGCGGCGACGGCGAGUUCCGCAACCUGAAGAAAAAAGGUGAAAUCACAAUCAGAAAGGCUCACGCCUUGUCUACAGGACGUCCACGAAACGUCCUGCCAAUUCUCGUCAAGACGGUGUUCGUGCAGAUCCUCAGGAAGCUGGAGGUGCCGUUUGUUCAGUGCGUUGCCAAGGCUGACUGGGAGACUGCUGCCUUGGCCAACGAGUGGAACUGUCCGGUUCUUUCUAACAAGGCCGACUUCUACAUUUUCGACAUGAAGGGAGGACUGCUGCCCCUUUGGAGUUUCCAGUGGAAGAAUUUAUCCUUGAUGAAUCAAUCGGACGAAAAGUUUGUUCGAGCCAAAGAAUAUUUUGUGGAACGGCUGAGCACUCAUAGAAGACUUUUCCUCCCUGUUUUCGCCACAAUUGCGAGCAAUGACGAUAUUCACCUGGACAAAGGAUCGCUUCCAAACUGGGCGAAACCCUCAAAAGGCUCUACUGUAACCAAGGAUAUCGAUGCCUUGUUCAAAUGGCUGUCAAAAUUUAAGAAACCAAAAGAGGCCAUAAAUGGAGUUCUGAGCCACAUUAGGGACCCGGCGUAUUCAGACAAAGUCCUCAAUGUCCUCACGCAAGGUCUGGAGGACUACCAGCUCUCCCUCAGCUCCAUAGCAGAGUUCUUCACGAGUGGAACGGCACUUCCUGAUUCUUCGCCAUGCCUUCCAGAGUGGACUCUUCAGCAGUUGGCCAAGGGCAAGCUUGACACCGUCGUAAUGGACGUCCUCGUCAAGCAGAGGACGGUUCUCAGCUUCCCAGUGGAGAAUUCCCUGUACUCCAGCAGCAAUCGGAUGUCUCAACCCAUACGGCAGACCAUUUAUGCCUUACUGCUGGGCGUAACGGAUGGCGCCUACGUGGAGGAAUACGACAGGGAGGAGCUUGAGAUAACCAGCUCCAGGGUGGAAGCUGUUCUACCAAGUAAGGUCGUUCCAAACCUCCAGUUGGAGACACUGUGGGAGACAGCGUGGAACUGGCGGCAGCAGAUUCUCCUGGAAGCUUUGCUGGUCUCUCAGCCUCCUGACCGGCUUCCCGUCCCUCCCAGUCUGCAGCUAGCCGUGUACGUCACCUGCUACUGGCUGAAACAGGCAGAACCAGAACCCAAACCAGAGUUCCUCCGGGCCUUACUGGUGGGACUGGUGUACGGAGAGCUGUCCAGAGAUCCACUUACGCAAAGAGGGGCGGUUCCAAAGAGGCUGAAGAACCUGAAGACCCGUAAAGAGAAAAUCCCGCUGGACCUGGAGGUGGCUCACGCUUACAGCCAAUGGCAGUGCAGUCUGAGGGACAGUCUCCGCCUCAACCAGCUGCUGGCCAAUCCGGUUCCAGAACCCGAGUAUGCCUGGUUGUACAGUGGUGAGCUGGUGCACAGUGUUAUCAGGGAUCUGAGGAGGGGCGUCGGUGCAGAAGUUCUCCUGGCCGGAUCUCCUCCGGCUCUGCAGCUCUUCCAGCAGCUGAUGGAGGCGGUGGAGCCGGAGCUGGACGACGAGAUGAGGGCGAGGCUCGGAUGGAGUGCAGGAGGGAGUGCCGGAUCUGCUCCGGCUCUGCAGUUCUACCAGCAGCUGAUGGAGGCGGUGGAGCCGGAGCUGGACGACGAGAUGAGGAGUGAGAAGAGCAAGAGCUCCAACCUGGAGGAGAAGAUCUACGAACAGUCCUGCAGCUUCAGGACCAGACAGCGCAAAAGAUCUCACAAAUCAGAUCCCAGAUCCAAAAAAUCUGACCUCUCCCACUGGGAAUGAAAAAAAUGAAAUGAUCAUAAUAGACUCACAAGGCCACAUGAUAUCUCGUAUCCUAUGCCAUGACUUUUGGCACAUCUCAAGGAAGCCUUAUAAACUAUACGCUUACCUUUCGGACAUGUGGGCGGUUUCGUUGUUUUUCUUUUUUUUUUUUUUUUUUAACCUUAAUUGAUUGGCUGCUUUGAUUUCCAUAAAUAAUAAUAAUAAUAUAACAUGAAAUGAUCAUAAUACAAUACACUGACAGGUCCUAUCCCGUUUAGGACUGCCACAGCAACCACCUAGCAACCAUUUAGGAUUACCACAACAAACACUUAGCAAACACCUAACAGCCACUUAAGAUUACCACAGCAACCACCUAGCAAUCUCUUAGGAUUACCACAGCAACCACACAGCAACAAUUUUGGAUUACCACAGAAACCACCUAGCAACAAUUUAGGAUUACCACAGCAACCACCUAGAACUUUCCACAGCAACCACCUAGCAACAAUUUAGGUUUACCCCAGCAACCACCUACCAACCAUUUAGGAUUACCACAGCAGGCAACUACCAACCACUAAGGAUUACCACUGAAACCACACAACACCCAUUUAGGAUUACCACAGCAACCACUCAAGAUUACCACAGCAGGCAACUAGCAACCAUUUAGGAUUACCACAGCAAACCCCUAACAGCCACUUAGAUUUACCACAGCAACCAAUUGGGUUUACCACAGCAACCACCUAGCACUUACUUAGGAUUACCACAGAAACCAGACAGGAGCCAUUUAGGAUUACCACAGCAACCAUCUCUUAACCAGUUGAGAUUACCAAAGCAUCCACCUCGCAACCAUUUAGGAUUACCACAGCAAUCAUACAAACCAUUUAGAAUUACCACAGCAGCCACCUAGCAACCACUUUCAAUUACAACAGAAACCACACAGCACACAGGGAUUUUUAUUUGUAUUAAUAUUUAUUAUUAUUUAAUUAUAAAUAGGGGCGUAAUUUGACUUUUUCGUCACAUGACAACUGCAUUGCUAUUAAUUCAAUUUG